UCAUAAUUAUUUGUUUAAGAAUAUAGAAAUAUGGUCUUACCCUUCUGUAAGCCAAUCCAAUCCUUUCUGCAUUACGGUCCAAAACCUGUAUUGUCAGGGUAUUGAAUAUUGGCAUUGCCUCUAUAGUGUGGUUCAGUUCAGCUUCCCAUUUCCUAAAACACAAAUUUGAGGGGCAGAGAGAAAAACAUAUCCCAAUUGUAUGAUGAGUGAACUGCGGAACAAGAUCUGUAAGGUGCUUCUCAAGGAAAUCAGGAAGGAAAACCUGCAGCCUGGAGAUCACAUCUACACAUGGACACGAGCCAAUACAAAAGAACAUGGAAUAUAUUUGGAUGAUGAAAACGUGAUCCACUUCUCUCAAGGUCGACGAGGAGCAAGGUCAGACGAUCAUCAUAGUACAUGUCCAAAAUGCAGAGACCGUGAUCAAUCAAAUUUUCAUGGUGUGGUCUGUUCCUGCAUAGAUUGUUUCCGUUCUGGUGGAGAUCAUCUCUAUCUCUUUGAAUAUGGUGUUAAUCCAGCUCUCAUCCUAGCCAAAUUCGGAGGAGGUACAACUCUUGCGCUUGCUGAUCCACCUGAAGUUGUGCAGAACCGUGCAUCUAGUUUCCUACUAAAUAAUAGCAAUGACUCCAGCAGCUACUACCGUUUCAUAAAUAAUGGUAAAGACUUUGCAAUGUAUUGCAAAACGGGCUUGCUAGUGAUGGAUAACAUAAAUUUCAGCAGAAGUUGGCAAGCUGCAGCAUUUUUCUUGGCUGUUAGUGUCACUUUCUUUCUUUUUCUGCAGCAAAGCACAGCUGCAACUUUUACUGAUGCGGCAGCUACAUGUUUCGGCUUAUACUGUAUUCAUAAAUUUGGUUCUGAUAUUGGAGCCCGUCCUAAUGUUAUUAAAGUGGAUCAAGUAGAGACAUUGCCUGAUUUUGAUAAGAAAUUGUCUUCUGCUGCGUCAGGCUUCAGACCUAUUCAAUCCUUAAUUGACCUGUUCAUACUUUUGCUGAUGACUCUUUUCAAUAUUCAGCUGCUAUCAAGAGUACGAAUGUGGUCUGAGCCUCUUCAACUGCUGUCUGAGACUCCUCGAGUGGUCUGGAUUCUAGCAUGUAUCAUACUUUUCUACCUAGCAAUAUUAAAAAAGGUUGUGCUGGUGCUGGAUCAAGACCAAAAUCAUGGACACUGAUACUAGAAGACUUCAUUUGCUUCUCAAUGUCUUUUAUAAUCUGGUUUUCUUAUAAUACUACAUCCCUACUUCUGAUAACUUUCUUUGCUUUUAGAUCCCAUAACCUGUAUCCGAAUUCUUCAUGUCCAUAUUCGAUAAAGAUGCAUGGAGUAGUCCUUGUGUCAAGCUUCUGUCUAAACUCGUUUGAUACAUGUGCAAAGGCUAAACAUCUAAAUACUCUUAAAUGAAAGUAUGAUGGAUUUUUACUAAACCACAUUUUCUCCGAAAUUUCAAAAUUCAGUAGUACUAAUGGCGCUUUGUUAAUUAAAUAGCAGGUGACACGAAUAGCUUCUCCCCGGAAUGACUUUGUUAACUUAGCCAUACUAAUCAUACUUUUGACCUUCUCCAUAAUCGUCCGAUUCAUUCUCUCGGUUACACAAUUAUGUUGUGGGAUACGAGAGAUUGUCUUCUCAUGCUGAAUGCCCUGUCCUCUAUAGUAUGCAACAAACUCUCGAGAAGUAUACUCACCUCCAUUGUCUGAGCGAAGACACUUUAGCUUCUUUCCUAUCUCACGCUCUACUAUGGCAUGGAACUCUUUGAAGUAAUCUAAACUUGAUCCUUCAUCUUUAGGAAAUAAACCCAUACCUUCCAAGAAGCAUCAUCUAUAAAGGUCAAGAAAUAUCUGUUGCCACCUAGAGAUUCUUCUUCCAAAGGUCCAUAAACAUCAGAAUGCACCAGACUAAGCAAUUCUGAUCUUCUCGUUAAAGAGGUUUUAAAUGAGACUCUGUAUUGCUUACGAUACAAACAAUGAUUACAAGGAUCUGGCACAACAUUCUUGGAAAUGGUGAUAAGCUUUUUUUUAGUCAAGGUAGACAAUCUUUUCUCACUCAUGUGAUCGAGUCUUUAGUACCACAGAUUUUGAGAUACCUCUCCUUCUGUAAUAUUGAGGUUGUCUACACAAAUCUUCACAUGAGUCUUGUGAAGUGUUCAACAAAUAUAUCCUUGAGCAAGAACCGUAGCACCUUUUGUCAUUUUCCAUUGGCCGUUAUAAAAGUGGUUGCAGAAGCUUUCUUAUCAAAGGCUAUUCCUGAAAGCAGAUUGAGCCAAAGGUUUGGAACAUGUCGGAUAUCCUUCAAAGUAUUUAUAUGUCCAACAUUGGUUUUUAUCUUAAUAUCACCAUUUCCGAUGAUCUUAGCAAAGCUGUCAUUUCUCAUCUUCGCUGUGCCAAAAUUUCUUGCUUUAUAUAUUUUGAAAAAUUCUACAUGUGGAGUAACGCGGUAGGAUGCUAUAGUAUCAACUAUCCACUCGACUUCUUAGCUUGAAGUGUGAAGGCAUGAUUCUUCAUGUGUGUAACAAUAUGCCACUUCUCCUCUAACAGUGAUUAAAGUUUCACCAUCCUUCCUAGGCUAAUUGCUUUUCUGCCCCUGCUCUCGCAACAUCUUCCUGUAGUACUUCUUUAAGUGACCUUCUCGGCUACAAUAAUAACACUUAUAUGCUAGCCUCCUUCCAUCUGUAGAUCUACCUCUACUUUAGCUCUUGUCUGUCCCCCUGUCAUGACUACAUUCUUGCUAUCUCCCUCGUUUCUCUAUGAGAAAGGCAUGUUUUUUAUUAUUGCCAAUGUCCUUUCUCCUGGCCUCCCCAUUAAAUAAGGCAUUCAUCACCAUAGCCAUGGAAAGUUUUCUGUUAGGGGUUGAAUCACUAAGAGAGACUACUAGUGUCUCCCAGCUAUUUGGAAGAGAGCUAAGAAGUAAAAAUGCCUGCUCCUUAUCUCCUAGUUGUAACUCCACCGCAGAUAAUUGGUUAACCAAGUUCUAAAACAUAUUAAUAUGCUCAGCUAUAGAAGUUUCAUUUUUCAACUUCAAAUUCACCAAACGCCUCAUCAAUAAGACUUUAUUUUGAGUAGUCUUGGCUUGGUAUAUGUCUUUUAACUUUUUCUAGAGGGUAUAUGUUUCUGUCUCUUGUGCAACAUUAUGGAAGAUACUAUGGUCGAUCCAUUGUCGAAUUUGACCGAUCAUUUUCCUGUUCAUCUUCUUCCAUUCUACUUCUUUGGUGGGAUCGAGAUUCCUACCUUCAACAUCCAAUGGGUCAAACAAGUCCUUGUACUUUAGAAGAUCUUUCCAUCUGAGGUCUUCAAAGUGCAUAGUUGGUGGCAGUAAGCUUAUAUCAUAGCUCCCGAAUGUGACUCAUCCAUUGACAUCUUAUCCUAUGAAAAUUGGAGCUGCAUUUGGCAAAAUAGAGUCCACCAAUGCGUCGAAACUGUCAAAAAUGUUAGGUUUGACUCAUCUCGAGUCAAAAUGUGAAUCUCCAAAAUUUAAGGUCAAAUUGCAAUUUUCAAAAGUUUUGGGUCAAACUGUAAAUAUCAAAACUUCUAGUAAAAUCUCCAAAUACCAAAAAUAUAAGGGUAUUUCUACA